AAAAAAAAAAGCGUUCAUCGCGCAUAUUGUUUUUAUCUAUAUAUUUUUAUUUACUUUUUGUUUGAUUUAGUUUAUUACCUGAUAACUUAAAUUAAAUAUCCCGGUAAGCUGUGAAUUUUUGAAAGAUAAUGAAAUCAUGGCUAUAAGAGAUGUUAGUUAACUACUGGAAUAUGCCGAAGAACAUACAACCAAUAUGCAGGGCGUGCUUGCGAAAAUGCAAAGGUCGGCGCGUUUUACUGCAGGAUACUUUCCCAGAAGACGCAAUGCAAGAGCCCAUUAUGUACUCGACAGCCUACGCAGCGUGCACUCAAUUGGAUAUAACAACAGGGGCAGACGGCAUGCCGGAAUACCUGUGUAAUAGUUGCAGUCGUGACCUGCAGGACGCUUAUGAGUUUCGUAAUAAAGCUAUACGAAGUUUUGAAAAGCUACUUAGUCAAAUUGGUUUACAAAAACAAGAGAAUGUAGCGAGAGCAGUAUCACCAUCCGAAUUCGAGUUGCCCGAUAAUCAUACAGCAGCAGCGUAUAUGCGUGCAGAUGCUGACAUAAUUGACGCAUGCAGUAUGGAAGUGGCGAAGCGUACAAAAGACCCGCUUGAAGAUUCUGAGAGUGAAAAUGAAUCAGAGAACAAACUCAAGUCUCCAGCAUCCAUUCACACGUUUUCGGAUAACGCUUAUGACACCGAGGAUGACAAACCACUUAAACAAUUGAUAAUUAAAAAGGAAUGUAACAUAUUCAACACGGACAAUGUGGAUGAAACUGCCUCUGCGCCUCUGGGUAAUCAGUCAUUGUACGAUGAUGAUGAUGAGCUGAUAGGAGAUGAAAACAUUGACACUGAAAGAAUCACGGAUUCUAUGUUUUCACCCGAAGCGCACAUUUUUCCUAAAGGACGCUUCAUAUGCGCGAUUUGUGAUCAAAAUUAUUUUACUUCAAUCGGCCUAAAAGCCCAUAUGGAAGUGCAUCUUGCAAAGAGUGUUACAACAAAAAAGAAACGUACACGUAACAAAAAACGCAAGACUUCAAUAAAACCCGACUCAGAGGUUGAAGUUUCAACUGUAGACGCUGGCUGUGAUAAUUCGAACCCAUGCCAAUCCAUCAAUAGCAAAAGGUUAGAAAAACAAACGGAGCCUCAUAAAGACCAAAAUUAUAAAAAAAAGCGUAAACCGAAGGAGCCAAAACCUAAGCGUAUGUUCCCUUGCCACGUAUGCGGGAAGCAUAUGAUAUCGGCUUCUAAGCUACGCUAUCACAUGGUAAUGCACACAGGCGAAAAGGACUAUUUGUGCACAAUGUGUCCAAAGGCUUAUUCUACAAUCUAUGCUCUAAAGCAUCAUAUACGGACACACACUGGCGAGAGACCUUACGAGUGUAAAUUUUGCGGUGAUCGUUUCCUAAGACCCACCACGCUUAAAAGUCAUCAGCGUCGUCAUACCGGUGAACGUCCCUACGGUUGCGAUGUAUGUGGCAAACGUUUCAUACAACACUCAUCGAUGACAACGCACAUGAAACUUAAUCAUAUGGAUAAAACUAUACAGUGUCCACACUGUGAUAAGAAAUACGCACGACAAACAGAUUUGAAUACACAUUUGCUUAGCCACACCGGUGAUAAACCAUACCCUUGUCAGCUGUGUCCUAGUCGUUUUGUACGGCAAGCAAACCUCAAUAAGCAUAUGAAUCAACAGCAUGCCGAGAAGGCUAGUGCAUCAAAUCUUAGCAGCGCCACUGCUGCUAAGAAGAUUAAUAAAGAUGGUGCGAUAAUGCACCACAAUGAUAAUAAAUUAUUAUUUGAAGAAAGUGAGGGAGUGCUGCGCAGUUCAAAUGCGACCUGUGAUGAAACAUUUCCAACUGGGAGUAAUAUUGUGGAAAGCUGUCGAAAUUUUCUUAGCUCCCAAAAUGAGAAUUAUGUGCAAAGUCAACAGACAACACAUAUUUUGACUGAGGAGCAGCUCAACAGUGAUAAUUUAGUGCCUUGGAAUUGUUGAAAAUGUACUUAAGUAUUAGCAUUAACUAGCUAUAAGCUUUAAUAACGCAGGUAGGUAAGUUUUAAAAAUUGACUUGCCUUGUGUUGAAAAAUUAAUUCAGAUGAUUAAAAAAAAGUAAAAAAAUGUUCCUCAGUAAACAAGUACAACAGUA